GAGCGACCUUUACGGAAACAGACCGCCGCGGCGCCGCCCACACUAUGCAGUGGAUGCGGCAUUCGCCAUGGCUUUCGCAUGCCAGGAAUGGCGCAAGUCUUGUUCUUGGACGUGGAUGGGGUGCUACACCCGGCCCUUCCGGGCGGAGACGUGUUCCUACCAGACCGGCUGCGGCUGUUGUCCGAAGCGCUUGCCCAGCUCCCGCGGGCGCGGGUGGUGCUCUCCUCCACGUGGCGCCUGGAUGAGGCCCUCUUCGCAGAGGUGACGGACCAACUCGCCCAGUGGCAGGCCAACAGGGAGGUGGAGGCCUUUGCAGUGCUCGAUGACGACGAACGCCUGGAAGGCGACGUCUUGCAGGACACCUUCGUACGCACCGACCCAGAAGUGGGCAUCAACGAUGUCACUGCCGCGCAGAUCCUGGCUGAGCGCUUGCGGCGCCCGGCGCCGGAGGGCACUCCUGCAGCCGUGCUGGCACGCUGGACUGCCGCAAGGCAUCCCUCGCCGCCGCAGCCGCCGCCCGUGUUCCUGCUGCUUGCGCCGGCUUGGAGCGCUUGCGCGAAGUGCGCGGCACCUGCCAUCGCGGGCGACGCGAUCUCACACGUCUUCUUCACCUCAGGGUCCACCGGCAAGCCCAAGGGCUGCGUGGUGGCGCACUGCUCUCUGUACAAACUGGGUGCGGAGUCGGUGUGCUUGGUCGCAUCGGCCCACACCUUCGACCCAUCCUUGGGCGACUUCGCCCGGGUGCCCAGAGUGGCCUUGGACGCGGUGACCUUGGGCCAGCAGGGCGUCACGUGGGGCUUCGGCAUCGCCAAGGCGGCCACUCAGCUGGGCUUCGGAGUGGCCAACACUGCGGUGCAGCGCACUGGGGAGGUUGGAGGCCCCGCCGCGCAGGUGGUGACCGGCGGCGUGCAGCAGGUCUUGGCCUUCGCACAGGGCGCGACGCACUUUGGCCAGGACCUGGCGCAGGGCAUCACCCAAGCCUCCCUGGGCGCGGCGCGCAUGUCUCUGGGCGCUGCCGGGGCCCAGGAGGGCGAGCUGCUGCGCUUGGCCGUGGGCGAUGAGGCUGCCGAGUCGGUGAUGAUGGUUUUGCAGAUGGUGCGCCGCUUCUGCAGCUCGCUGGGCCCGGUGACCUGGGCGCAGCUGAUGCUGGCGGCGCGGGCCUGGACGGGCGCCCAGCAGGCGGCGCGCUUGGAGCUCAACGCGCGAGGCCCCUUCCAGCCGGUGAUGCUGCCGCCCCACGCGGAGCGCGCCAUGCGCUUCUCCGCGGCCACCUUCGGGGCGCAGUUUCUGGCGGGGCUGGCGGACGGUCUCGUGGCGCCGGCGGUGCGCGCCUAUGGCGCUCACUCGGCGGGAGGCGACGCGGCGCAGAUCGCGCUGGCCGCGGCCAAGGUGGAGGGCCGUGUAGACGUGCUGGCCUUUGAGUCGACCUCUGAGCACUUUGUCCCUGGCUAUAUGGUCGCAGUGGACCAAGAGCUGGGCUGCGUGGUGGUGGCGCUGCGUGGCACCUCCGGGGCCAAAGACGUGCUGGUGGACCUCGUCUGCGAGGCGGCGCCCUGCGAGCUGGCCGGUGUUGCAGGGGAGGCGCACGGGGGCAUGCUGCGUGCGGCGCAGCGUCUCAGCGAGAGGUUGCCGCCGCUGGUGCUGCAAGGUUUGGAGCGCCUGGAGCCCGGCUCCUGGCGCUCACCCCACGUGGCGGACGUCUUGGUCACCGGGCACUCCUUGGGCGGCGGCGUGGCGGCGCUGCUGAGCGCGCUCUGGCGGGACCAGGCGGCCUUGCCGCCGGGCCGAGUGCUGCAAUGCAUCACCUUUGGCUGUCCACAGGCCUUGCUGGACUAA